AUGGUUAUACUCUGUGGAUAUGAAACUGUGAAAGAUGCGCUAGUGAACCAUGCAGAAGAAUUUUCUGGAAGAGGAACAUUGCCCAUUUUUCAUGAUGUAAAUAAGGAAAAUGGUGUGAUUUUUGCUAAUGGAGAGAACUGGAAGGUAAUGAGGAGAUUUGCUCUUACAACUUUACGUGAUUUUGGAAUGGGAAAAAGAACAUUAGAAGAUAAAAUUAAUGAAGAAUGUGACUUUUUGGCACAAAAACUUGAAUUCUUCAAGGGAAAACCAUUUGAAAACACAAUGAUCAUAAAUGGUGCUAUAGCCAACAUUAUUGUUUCCAUAUUACUUGGUCAUCGCUUUGAUUAUGAAGAUCCAAAAUUUUUAAGGUUAAUGAGCAUCAUAAAUGAAAAUAUAAGGGUUUUGGCAAGUCCAUCAGUUAUGUUCUAUAACACAUUUCCAUCUUUGAUGCACUGGUUGCCAGGAAAUCACCAUAAAAUUCAUAGCAAUGUAGCAGAGUUUCAAAGAUUUAUUAGAGAGACAUUUACAGAUUACAGGGACAAAUUGGAUAUAAAUGACCAAAGGAAUUUGAUUGACGUGUUUCUGGUCAAGCAAAAAGAGAAUAUUCCUUAG